GUUCACUUGAUUCCUCUCUCCAAAGCAGCCUCCCGUACCCAGACCUCAAAUUCCCAGUCAACGGGUACGAAUUCCAAGCACAGCUUCCACCUCGUCCUCUAAGAUUCGAAGCAAGAAAAGCUGCUACGAGAGGAUCACCGCGGCGAGGAAACGAUGUGUGGCUGCUGCGACGACUGCGGCGAGAGGGUCUGCUGCUGCAUCCCCUACCACGUCCGCGAGAACAUCAAGAGCUGCCUCAUCCUCCUCGCCGUUGUCGUCGUCCUCGCCGUCAUUGCCGCCAUCGUAAUCGUCGCCCUCGUCUUCGGCGGUCCCCUCCGAAAAGUCCAGAUCACCGUGGAAGACGCGUCCCUCACCCGCUUCGCCCUAGUCAGCACGCCCACGACGGCGCUCGCGUACAACCUCUCGAUAAGGCUGACAGUGCGCAACCCCAACUGGGCCAUCGCCAUCAAGCACGACAAACCGUUGGAGGCCGCGUACAGCUUCGACGGGCAGCAGUUCGACCGUGCGAAGGUCGCCGACAAGGGUGACAAGCAGGGCGCCAGGAAGACGGUGGUGUACCGCCUCGACACAAACUCGGACGGCAGGAGCGUGGCGCUGGGCAACGCCGGCGAGGCCGAGUUCAAGAAGGAGAACGCGACGGGGGUGUUCGAGGUGGAGGUGAAGCUGACCGGCAAGUUCAAGUACACGUUGCGCAAGACCAAGUGCAACAUCGUGGCCACCUGCCCGCUCAAGCUGCAGCUCGCGCCGCCGGGCACGCCGGCAUUAGUGUUCCAAAAGGUCAAGUGCAAGCCCGAAAAGCAGGAGAAUAAAUACUGCUAGAUAUGGUUUGAUCUGGAGCACGCCAUGUAUAAUGCUUGAUGCUUGUGCUGGCCACAAUUGAUUUGAACUGUGUGUGUUUUUACCUUCUAAGUUCAUUUAUUUUCCAUCUUGUGCAAUGAAUUAGAUUUGCGUGAUAGGAAUUCGAACAAUGCAACUUUGCUUCGA